AUGGAUGUAAAAGAAAGGAAACCGUAUCGAUCUCUGACUCGGCGCCGUGACACUGAGCGCCGCUACACCAGCUCUUCAGCCGAGAGUGAGGACAGCAAGGCACCCCAGAAGUCCUACAGCUCCAGUGAGACCCUGAAGGCAUAUGAUCAAGACUCCAGGCUGACCUACAGCAAUCGGGUCAAAGACAUGGUGCACCAGGAGGCCGAUGAAUUCUGCCGAGCAGGAGCCAACUUCUCUUUGCGAGAACUGGGACUUGAAGAUGUGACACCCACACACGGGACUUUAUACCGGACCGACAUGGGACUGCCUCACUGUGGCUACUCCAUCAGCGCUGGCUCGGAUGCUGACACAGAAGCUGACGUGGUCAUGUCACCCGAGCACCCGGUCAGGCUCUGGGGACGCAACACCAAGUCCGGACGCAGCUCCUGCUUGUCGAGCCGGGCCAACUCCAACCUCACCCUCACUGACACAGAGCAUGAGAAUACUGAAACAGGUCCCCCCCUGCCCUGUUCGUCCGCCUCCUCCACCCCCCGCUCGCAGUCCCCCUCCCCUCUCCCCUCGCCGCCGGCCAAUGAGGGCCCGGGGCGGUCGCUGGGCGACGGCGCGGCCCGGGCGGCCGCGGGCUCGGACUCUGAGGAAGAGUUUGUCCCUCAGUCAUUCUUAGUUCAAAGUGGCUCUGGAAACCUCUGUGUCGCCGCCAACGAUCAUCCUCCAAAUAUUCAAAAUCAUUCAAGACUUCGAACUCCACCACCUCCAAUAUCACAUGCUCACACUCCAAAUCAGCAUCACGCAGCCUCCAUCAAUUCCCUGAACAGAGGGAACUUUACUCCACGCAGCAACCCCAGCCCAGCUCCUACGGACCACUCUCUCUCUGGAGAACAGCCAGCCACUACUCAAGAGCCAGCCCAUGCUCAGGACAAUUGGUUACUCAACAGUAACAUCCCACUGGAGACAAGAAACAUAGCAAAGCAGACAUUCCUAGAGACAUUGCAGGACAACCUCAUUGAGAUGGACAUUCUCACCUCCUCCCGACAUGACGGUGCUUACAAUGAUGGGCACUUCCUGUUCAAACCUGGAGGCACUUCUCCCCUUUUUUGUACAACGUCGCCGGGAUAUCCCCUGACGUCCAGCACUGUGUACUCACCUCCCCCUAGGCCCCUUCCCAGAAGUACCUUUUCUAGGCCUGCCUUUAACCUGAAGAAACCCUAUAAGUACUGUAACUGGAAAUGUGCUGCUCUGAGUGCCAUUGUCAUCUCAGUCACGCUGGUGAUCCUGCUGGCCUAUUUCAUAGCCAUGCACCUGUUUGGCCUAAACUGGCACCUGCAGCCGAUGGAGGGGCAGAUGUAUGAGAUCACGGAAGACACAGCCAGCAGUUGGCCAGUGCCAACGGACGUCUCCUUAUAUCCUUCGGGGGGCACAGGGUUAGAGUUACCUGACAGGAAAGGCAAAGGAACCAGUGAAGGAAAACCCAGUAGUUUCUUUCCAGACGACAGUUUUAUAGACUCCGGAGAAAUUGAUGUAGGCAGACGAGCCACGCAGAAGAUCCCUCCUGGUAUCUUUUGGAGAUCUCAGGUGUUCAUCGACCACCCAGUGCAUCUGAAAUUCAAUGUGUCUUUAGGAAAGGCUGCUCUGGUUGGCAUCUAUGGCAGAAAAGGACUCCCACCAUCACACACGCAGUUUGACUUUGUCGAGCUCCUUGACGGAAGACGUCUCCUGACGCAGGAGGCGAGAAGCCUGGAAGGACCUCAGCGGCAGCACAGAGCGUUUGUGCCCUUGGCCAGCCACGAGACAGGAUUUAUCCAGUAUUUAGAUUCAGGAAUAUGGCAUUUAGCUUUCUACAAUGAUGGCAAGGAGUCGGAAGUGGUUUCUUUUCUUACUACUGCUAUUGAAUCAGUGGAUAACUGUCCCAGUAAUUGCUAUGGGAAUGGAGACUGCGUGUCUGGGACUUGCCAUUGCUUCCUUGGUUUUCUGGGCCCUGACUGUGGCAGAGCAUCCUGCCCAGUGCUGUGCAGUGGAAAUGGGCAGUACAUGAAAGGAAGGUGCUUGUGCCACAGUGGCUGGAAGGGAGCAGAGUGUGAUGUCCCAACCAACCAGUGCAUUGAUGUUUCCUGCAAUAACCACGGCACGUGCAUCAUGGGCACCUGUAUCUGCAACCCGGGAUACAAAGGCGAGAGCUGUGAAGAAGUGGACUGCAUGGAUCCUACCUGCUCAGGACGAGGCGUGUGCGUCCGAGGAGAAUGUCACUGUUCGGUUGGCUGGGGAGGAACAAAUUGUGAGACCCCAAGAGCCACUUGUCUGGAUCAGUGCUCUGGUCAUGGGACCUUCCUCCCAGAUACUGGACUCUGCAGCUGCGAUCCCAACUGGACUGGCCACGACUGCUCAAUCGAGAUUUGUGCAGCGGACUGCGGAGGACAUGGCAUUUGUGUCGGAGGCACCUGCCGCUGCGAGGAGGGCUGGAUGGGCACAGCCUGUGAUCAGCGAGCGUGUCACCCACGCUGCAAUGAGCACGGGACCUGCCGGGACGGCAAGUGUGAAUGCAGCCCGGGCUGGAAUGGAGAGCACUGCACUAUUGCUCACUAUCUGGAUAAGGUAGUGAAAGAGGGAUGCCCUGGCUUGUGCAAUGGCAAUGGCAGAUGCACUCUGGACAUGAACGGCUGGCACUGUGUCUGCCAGCUGGGCUGGAGAGGAGCAGGCUGUGACACUUCCAUGGAGACGGCAUGUGGCGAUGGGAAAGACAACGAUGGAGAUUACAGACAUGCAUGUGUGAUUCGAGGCCAGGUGAUGACAGCAGAUGGAACCCCUCUAGUUGGAGUAAACAUCAGCUUUGUCAACAAUCCUCUGUUUGGAUACACAAUCAGCAGACAAGAUGGCAGCUUUGAUCUUGUUACCAUUGGUGGAAUCUCCAUUAUCCUGCACUUUGAGCGGGCUCCCUUCAUCACCCAGGAGCACACACUGUGGUUGCCUUGGGAUCGCUUCUUUGUGAUGGAAACCAUAGUCAUGAGGCAUGAAGAGAAUGAGAUCCCAAGCUGUGACCUCAGUAACUUCGCCCGGCCCAACCCUGUGGUCUCUCCAUCUCCGCUCACUGCUUUUGCAACUUCCUGCUCAGAGAAAGGUCCUAUUGUUCCUGAAAUCCAGGCUCUACAAGAGGAGAUUAACGUUUCCGGCAGUAAAAUAAAAGUGAGUUACCUGAGCAGUCGCACAGCUGGCUACAAAUCAGUGCUGCGGAUCAGCAUGACACACCCCACCAUCCCCUUCAACCUCAUGAAAGUCCACCUCAUGGUGGCUGUCGAGGGACGCCUCUUCAGGAAGUGGUUUGCAGCAGCUCCAGACCUGUCCUACUACUUCAUCUGGGACAAGACAGAUGUCUACAGCCAGAAGGUGUAUGGGCUCUCUGAAGCCUUUGUUUCAGUAGGUUAUGAGUAUGAAUCCUGUCCAGACUUAAUCCUAUGGGAGAAGAGGACAGCUGUGCUUCAGGGUUAUGAAAUCGAUGCUUCAAAACUUGGAGGAUGGUCCCUGGAUAAACACCAUGCCCUCAACAUACAAAGUGGCAUCUUGCAUAAAGGAAAUGGGGAAAACCAGUUCAUUUCCCAGCAGCCGCCUGUAAUUGGAAGCAUUAUGGGCAACGGCCGCAGACGGAGUAUUUCUUGUCCAAGCUGCAAUGGUCUGGCAGAUGGAAACAAACUCCUGGCUCCUGUUGCCCUAACAUGUGGGUCUGAUGGAAGUCUUUAUGUUGGAGAUUUCAACUACAUCCGAAGGAUUUUUCCCUCUGGCAAUGUCACCAACAUACUGGAGCUGAGAAAUAAAGAUUUCAGACAUAGCCACAGCCCAGCUCAUAAGUAUUACUUGACCACAGAUCCGAUCACCGGCUCCAUCUACCUCUCGGACACCAACAGCCGACGUAUCUAUAAAAUCAAGUCAACCACAUCAGUGAAAGACAUUGUGAAGAACUCGGAGGUCUUGGCUGGGACUGGGGAUCAGUGCCUCCCAUUUGAUGAUACCCGCUGCGGAGAUGGAGGCAAAGGCACUGAUGCCACACUUACAAAUCCCAGGGGCAUCACUGUGGACAAGUUUGGGCUGAUUUACUUCGUGGAUGGCACCAUGAUCAGGCGCAUUGAUCAGAAUGGGAUCAUCUCAACUGUGUUGGGUUCCAAUGACUUGACAUCUGCUCGCCCUCUCAGUUGUGACUCUGUUAUGGACAUUUCUCAGGUUCGUCUAGAAUGGCCCACGGAUCUGGCAGUGAAUCCCAUGGAUAAUUCGCUCUACGUCCUCGACAAUAACGUCGUGCUGCAGAUCUCUGAGAACCACCAAGUGCGCAUUGUGGCAGGAAGGCCCAUGCACUGCCAGGUGCCAGGCAUGGAUCACUUUCUCCUCAGCAAGGUGGCAAUCCACGCCACGCUGGAGUCUGCCACCGCCCUGGCUGUGUCCCACAAUGGGGUCCUGUACAUCGCUGAGACCGACGAGAAGAAGAUCAACCGCAUCAGGCAGGUCACCACCAACGGGGAGAUCUCCCUGGUGGCUGGUGCGCCAAGCAGCUGCGACUGCAAGAACGAUGCCAACUGCGACUGCUUCUCCGGGGACGACGGCUACGCCAAGGACGCCAAGCUCAAUGCCCCCUCCUCCCUGGCUGUGUGUGCGGAUGGGGAACUGUACGUCGCCGAUCUGGGCAAUAUCCGAAUCCGCUUCAUUCGCAAAAACAAACCCUUCCUCAACACGCAAAAUCUGUAUGAGUUAUCCUCACCCAUAGACCAGGAGCUCUACUUGUUUGACACCAGUGGGAAGCACCUUUAUACUCAGAGCCUUACCACUGGAGAUUAUCUUUACAAUUUUACUUAUUCCGGAGAUGGAGAUAUAACCCUGAUCACUGACAAUAAUGGCAACUUAGUCAAUAUCCGAAGAGAUUCCACAGGGAUGCCCCUCUGGCUGGUGGUGCCUGAUGGCCAAGUCUACUGGGUGACAAUUGGUACCAACAGUGCACUCAAGAGUGUAACAACACAGGGGCAUGAAGUAGCCAUGAUGACUUACCACGGCAACUCUGGUCUCCUUGCCACUAAAAGCAAUGAAAAUGGUUGGACAACAUUUUAUGAAUACGACAGCUUUGGCCGCCUGACCAACGUGACCUUCCCUACUGGCCAAGUGAGCAGCUUCCGCAGCGAUACCGACAGCUCCGUGCAUGUCCAGGUGGAAACCUCCAGCAAGGAUGAUGUUACAAUCACAACCAAUUUGUCAGCAUCGGGGGCCUUCUACACCCUGCUCCAAGACCAAGUCCGAAACAGCUACUACAUCGGUGCUGAUGGCUCCCUCAGACUGAUGCUCGCCAAUGGCAUGGAGGUGGCCCUGCAGACCGAGCCACAUCUGCUGGCUGGCACCGUCAACCCCACGGUGGGGAAGAGGAAUGUCACCCUGCCCAUCGACAAUGGCCUCAACCUCGUGGAGUGGAGGCAGAGGAAGGAGCAAGCGAGAGGGCAGGUCACUGUCUUUGGACGCCGGCUGAGGGUUCACAACAGAAACCUGCUGUCCCUUGACUUUGAUCGUGUGACAAGGACUGAGAAAAUCUAUGAUGACCACCGCAAGUUCACACUCCGCAUCCUCUACGACCAGGCAGGGAGGCCCAGUCUCUGGUCACCCAGCAGCAGACUGAACGGUGUCAAUGUCACCUAUUCCCCAGGAGGACACAUUGCAGGGAUUCAGAGGGGCACAAUGUCAGAAAGGAUGGAGUACGAUCAGUCUGGCAGAAUUACAUCCAGAAUCUUUGCUGAUGGUAAAUCAUGGAGCUACACCUACUUGGAGAAGUCCAUGGUGCUGCUCCUUCACAGCCAGAGACAGUACAUCUUUGAGUUUGACAAGAAUGACCGGUUGUCCUCGGUGACCAUGCCCAAUGUUGCCCGUCAGACUUUGGAAACCAUUCGUUCCAUUGGUUACUAUAGGAACAUCUACCGGCCACCUGAAGGCAAUGCCUCAGUAAUUCAGGACUUCACAGAGGAUGAGCAGCUACUCCACACUUUAUACUUGGGCACAGGGAGACGUGUCAUCUACAAGUAUGGGAAACUGUCCAAGUUAGCUGAGAUGCUUUACGACACCACAAAGAUCAGUUUCACAUAUGACGAAACUGCGGGCAUGCUGAAGACCAUAAACUUGCAGAAUGAAGGGUUCACCUGCACAAUCAGGUACAGACAGAUAGGACCCCUCAUUGACCGACAGAUUUUCCGCUUCACUGAGGAAGGCAUGGUGAAUGCACGCUUUGACUAUAACUAUGACAACAGCUUCCGUGUGACAAGCAUGCAAGCGGUCAUCAACGAGACGCCUUUGCCUAUUGAUCUCUACAGGUAUGAUGAUGUGUCAGGCAAAACUGAGCAAUUUGGGAAAUUUGGGGUCAUUUACUAUGAUAUCAACCAGAUUAUCACCACUGCUGUCAUGACCCACACUAAACAUUUUGAUGCCUAUGGCAGGAUGAAGGAGGUCCAGUAUGAGAUAUUCCGGUCUCUCAUGUACUGGAUGACUGUGCAGUAUGACAACAUGGGGAGAGUGGUUAAGAAAGAGCUGAAGGUUGGCCCUUACGCAAACACAACUCGUUACUCAUACGAAUAUGAUGCUGAUGGCCAGUUGCAGACUGUGUCUAUCAAUGACAAACCUCUCUGGCGUUACAGCUAUGAUCUAAAUGGAAACCUCCAUCUGCUGAGUCCAGGGAAUAGUGCCCGCCUUACACCACUCAGGUAUGACCUCAGGGAUAGGAUUACUAGACUGGGGGAUGUGCAGUACAAAAUGGAUGAAGAUGGCUUCCUGAAGCAAAGGGGCAAUGAUAUUUUUGAGUACAGUUCAGCUGGCCUGCUCAUCAAAGCCUACAAUAAAGUGAGUGGGUGGAGUGUGAAGUACCGCUAUGAUGGCCUAGGAAGGAGAGUCUCUAGCAAAACCAGCCAUGGUCAUCACUUACAGUUCUUCUACGCAGAUCUGACCAACCCAACCAAGGUCACUCAUUUGUACAACCACUCGAGCUCAGAGAUCACCUCCCUGUACUAUGACCUCCAAGGCCACCUCUUUGCAAUGGAGCUCAGCAGCGGCGAUGAAUUCUACAUAGCCUGUGAUAACAUUGGCACUCCUUUGGCUGUCUUCAGUGGGACUGGUUUAAUGAUCAAGCAGAUACUGUACACAGCAUAUGGGGAGAUCUAUAUGGACACUAAUCCAAACUUCCAGAUCAUCAUUGGCUACCAUGGAGGACUGUAUGACCCCCUCACAAAGCUUAUCCACAUGGGGCGGAGAGACUACGAUGUGCUAGCGGGUCGCUGGACAAGUCCGGACCAUGACAUGUGGAAGCAUCUGAGUAGCAAUAACAUAAUGCCUUUCAACCUGUAUAUGUUCAAAAACAACAACCCCAUUAGCAAUUCUCAGGAUAUCAAAUGUUACAUGACAGAUGUCAACAGUUGGCUGCUCACCUUUGGGUUUCAGCUGCACAAUGUCAUCCCCGGCUACCCCAAGCCAGACAUGGAUGCAAUGGAGCCAUCCUAUGAGCUAAUCCACACACAGAUGAAAACCCAAGAAUGGGACAAUAGCAAGUCCAUUUUGGGGGUCCAGUGUGAAGUGCAGAAGCAGCUGAAGGCCUUUGUCACCCUGGAGCGCUUUGAACAAAUCUACAGCUCCAGCAUUGCUGGGUGCCAGCACGUCAAGAAGAACAAGAACUUUGCUUCUGGAGGCUCCAUCUUUGGCAAGGGUGUCAAGUUCGCCAUGAAGGAUGGGCGUGUGGCCACUGACAUCAUCAGCGUGGCCAACGAGGAUGGGCGCAGGAUCGCGGCCAUCCUGAACAAUGCCCACUACCUGGAGAACUUGCACUUCACCAUCGAUGGGGUGGACACACACUAUUUCAUUAAGCAGGGGCCGUCGGAGGGCGACCUCUCCAUCCUGGGCCUCAGCGGCGGGCGGAGGACCCUGGAGAAUGGCGUGAAUGUGACAGUGUCCCAGAUCAACACAGUGCUGGGUGGGAGGACUAGACGCUACACAGACAUCCAGCUCCAGUACGGUGCACUGUGUCUAAACACGCGCUACGGGACCACCUUGGAUGAGGAGAAGGCACGCGUCCUGGAGCUGGCCCGACAGCGUGCUGUUACCCAAGCUUGGUCCCGGGAACAGCAGAGACUGCGGGAUGGGGAGGAGGGUAUUCGGUCUUGGACAGAAGGGGAGAAGCAGCAAGUGCUAAACACGGGCCGGGUACAGGGCUACGAUGGCUAUUUUGUGAUCUCGGUGGAGCAGUACCCUGAACUCUCAGACAGCGCCAACAACAUCCACUUCAUGAGACAGAGUGAAAUGGGCAGAAGGUGACAGAGAGGGUCAAUGCGGUGACUUCUUGCCAAAGACAGCUACUCUUUUGUGGCCACUUACCUGACUGUGUUGUACUCAAUCCUUUUUCUAAACUGAACAAGGUGGGGGGGAGGACAAUAGAAAAAGAAGGAAUAAUACGGUUGCACUGUAACUCAUGCAACAUACUUUUUUCCCACUUUAAUUUGGCCUUUACGCAUUUUUUGCAAUGAACAGAAGGUAUAUGUUGCCAUAGUGUGAUCACAGUGAAAUUUACUGUCUCUUGUGCUUUUUUUUUGUUUUUUUGUUUGUUUGGUUGGUUGGUUGGUUUGGUUUGGGUUUUUUGUUUUUUUCUUUUUCCCCCCUCUUUUUGAGGAAUUUGAAGUGGGGAGUCAUCAACGUAUGUCCUUAGGUGUUAAGUGCAAAAUGGGUGUCUGUGCUAACUUGUGUCAUCCUAACCCUUUCUGAUUUGGGGCAGCCUUCCACCUGGAACAGGGUGAGCCCAUGGCGUGCCAGAGAGCUCUUCCCAGAAAGAAAGGAGAUGGAAGACAACGCUGAUUCUGAUACUCUGAAAGUGACCGUCCGAAUCAUGUGCCUCAAAAGAGACUUACAAGUAGUUUUCACGUUUCACUUGGGACAUAAAGUGUUUCUUUGGGGGCUCCUGCUGAGCAGAAGUAGAUUAUAGAGGCAAAGGAGCUGAUUAUAUUACCUUGCAGGAUGAUCCUCUUCCUUCCUGAACUGGAAUAAAAAAAGAGAAAAAAAUCAGUCUUUUUUCAUUAUGAGACUAGGUACUUUUUGGGGUUUUUUGUGUGUGCGCAAAUCCUGGUUUUAGUUAAAUAACCUAGCAAAAACCAAGGAAAGGGACUCCUGCUCUAUUGAGAAAAGUUAAAAUAAAUCCUCUCUCAUACGUAGAGCUGUUCUAUAGGUGGAUUUAAUGCACCCAUGUUGUACAUUUGCUAAUGGCAUAA